AUGGAGUGUGGGGGGCUCCUCGGCUGUGUGGCCCAUUACGAAACAGGGGGCCCCCCCACGCACUAUCCCACGCCUUCUUCUACUUCGCCUCACUUGGCAGAAGCUCGGCGUGGGAAACACCACCCGCGCGGACGCCGUCCAUCCGAGGCGCGGGCACGGAGGCGCUGUGGUGCGCGCUCCCGAGCUCGAGUGCAGUCAGACACAGUGAGAGGAAGCGAGGAGCCGCAGCAGUCAGGUAGCAAGCAGCACCUCUGCGUUUGGUUUUCGUUUGAUCGUUGUAUUCAUUACAACUUUGGACGUCAACCUCAGCGGUCUGUGUAUCGUGUGUAAGCCGGGUGUCGAUGCAGUGCCAUGCCGACAUCAUGCUGGCGGAUGCCGAGGAGCUGCUCCCUUCGGCGGCUUAGAUCAACGGAGGACUCCCGGCCGCAGCAGGCAGCGUGCGCUUGCAGAACGACGGCAUCAUGGAGGCUGGCUGCGUGGUUGCCGCGGUGAUUGAGAAUGCCGCCUCACGGCCCCGGGGGGAGCCAGGAAGUAGUCACGUCCUUGAGGGAAGCGUGGCACCAUUCAGUCAGCUGAAAAAAGACAAUGUCUUACCUCAAGCUGCCAGCAGGAGUCCUACAGACGAGAGACAACCACUGGAGAUACAGGCACAGAGUGAUGACAUCACGGCCGAGCCCCUCCUGCGCUCCUGCGUCAGCACGGCGAGCAUGAAGGUCAAAAACAUGAAGAAGCUGACGUUCCCCAGAGGUCACUUCCCCCGCCUGGCAGAGUGCGCCCACUUCCACUACGAGAAUGCUGACUUUGGAAAAGUUGAGUUGGGAUUUGCAGAAGGGCAUAGUGAAGGACCAAAGGGAGCCCAGGACUCCAAAGAACUGCUCUUUCUGGUCCAGAUCACCUGCCAGGCUCGAAACUGGCUGGUGAAGAGAUCCUACGAGGACUUCCGUGUUCUGGACAAACAUCUGCACUUGUGCAUCUAUGACCGCCGCUACUCGCAACUCACCGAGCUGCCCAAAUACGACCCAGUGAAGGACACGGCCAAGGGGGUUCCAAUUCUGAGUUUCCCUGAAGUGGGUCUUAACACUAAUAGUGUUUCUCUUCAGUCAAUACCCAAGAUGUUGGCCACCUACUUGUCCCGCUUCUCCGUCAUUGCUGACAACAAGAUCAACUGUGGUCCAGUUCUCACAUGGAUGGAGAUUGACAACAAGGGGAACCAUCUGCUGGUGUCCGAGGAGGCGUCCAUCAACGUCCCCGCCAUCGCCGCUGCCCAUGUCACCAAACGCUACACAGCACAGGCCACCGAUGAGUUGACCUUUGAGGUAGGGGACAUUGUAUCGGUCAUCGACAUGCCUCCCAAAGAGGACACGGGCUGGUGGAGAGGAAAACAUGGCUUUCAGGUUGGUUUCUUCCCAAGCGACUGUGUCGAACUGAUAAACGAUAAGCUCCCUCCUAGUGUUCAAAGCUCAGUGCCCAAACCAGUAUGUAAGAAGCACGGCAAGCUGGUUACCUUCCUGAGGUCCUUCAUGAAGUCACGGCCGCCACCCCAGAAGCUUCGCCAGCGCGGCAUUCUCAGGGAGCGAGUGUUUGGCUGCGACCUGGGCGAACACCUCCACAGCUCGGAACACGAAGGUGAACUGCAUAAAGUCCCUCAGGUUGUGAAAAGCUGUGCCGAGUUCAUCGAGAAGCACGGCGUGGUGGAUGGAAUCUACAGGUUGUCUGGAAUCUCCUCCAACAUCCAGAAACUCAGGCACGAGUUCGACUCUGAGCAGAUUCCCGACCUGAGCCGAGAUGUCUUUCGACAGGACAUCCAUUCGGUGGGCUCCCUUUGCAAGCUGUACUUCCGAGAGCUUCCCAACCCUCUGCUCACCUACCAGCUGUACGACAGGUUCUCAGAGGCUGUGUCUGCAGCCACAGAUGAGGAAAGGCUGGUUAAAAUCCACAAUGUCAUCCAGCAGCUGCCUCCUCCACAUUACAGGACGCUAGAGUACCUCAUGAGACAUUUGACCCGUCUGGCCACCUUUAGUUCCAGCACCAACAUGCACACUAAGAACUUGGCCAUCGUGUGGGCACCAAACCUGCUUAGGUCCAGACAGAUCGAGUCGGCCUGUUUCAGCGGCACGGCGGCCUUCAUGGAGGUACGCAUUCAGUCCGUGGUGGUGGAGUUCAUCCUCAACAACACCGAGGCGCUCUUCAGCACCAAGCUCAACGCCAUCAUACGGGAAAGCGCCGGUAACAACACCUUAUCCCGACCCAAGUCUCUGCUGGUCUCCUCCCCGUCCACCAAACUGCUGUCUCUGGAGGAGGCCCAAGCACGCACUCUGGCUCAGCUGAGCUCCCCCGCCACCACGCCCUGCCUCAGCCACAGUGAUUACAUCGAGGUGGGGGAGGGUCCCGGGGCGCUGAUGGGCAAGUUCCAUACGGUCAUCGAGCUCCCACUGGAUAGUGUCAAGCGGGCUCCAAGCAAGGCCAAGAAGUCUCCCGUGGGCAACUGGCUGUCCUUCUUCCACCUGGGAAAGUCCCACUCUGUGUCCAAGCGUAAGCUGAAGCGACACCCCAGCGAGCCCAAUGAGAUGAAGAGCAUCGCACUUCCAGGUGGGAGAGGUGACAGCGGUACAUUGCGCUCAGCAAAAAGUGAAGAAUCUCUCACCUCUCUGCACAAUUUGGAAGGAGAGCCUCCAAAGUACCACCAUCUCCGCCCCCGCCCCACCAGCGAGGCUGUGCCCGUAUCCAGCAGAGACGACUCGUGCAGGACCAGAAGAAAACCUCCGUUCAGUCAGAACGGAGCAGACGGACUUUCACCUCCACUGCAGGAGGACGACAUUGACCUCUACCCGCCUGUUGCCGGAAUGUCCUCCCUGGACUUCGACCCCAUGUCCUUCCAGUGCAGCCUGGCCUCCGCGACUCCUCGGGCACCACGCAACAGGGAGGGCCACAAAUUGAGGCGGGGCGACUCAGACGCCGCCACCUCUCCGAUCAAUGUCAGCAGCCCUGUGCAGUUUCGAAAAGCAGAAACGCGUGAAGGUUUGAUGGCAGAUGGGAAGGAGCCCCGAGCGCCUUACCGACAUUGCAGCCCACGCAGUGGAGCGAGUCAAGCCUCAGCGCUAACAGACUCUGCACAGAACCUGCCUGAUCCAGGAGCAGAUAGACUUAUGAGUUCAGUGUCUAUUCUCCCUCCUCACCCUUCCCCGACGAGCGCCGCACGCAAGCUGGCGCUGGCGCUGGCCGAGUCGGCGCAAAAGGCCUGCGGCGGCUCACAGAGAAGAAGAAACCACCCGACUCGGCCUCUCCAAAAACAGGAAGCUCAGGAUAGGCCCGCACGGCCGUCGGCCCUCGACCUCAAGGUGUAUCCGCAGGCGUAUGGCGGCCCCUCCCAGUGGCAAACUCCGCUACACUUCCUGCCCGCGCACCUCAGCUCGCGGGCCACCGACGGCCCGGAGAGUAACUUCACGCCCAACGUCAGCCCGCUCGGCUCAGGCAGCCUGGACUCCCGACACGGCGCCGUCACACCAGAGGAGCCCGCCUAUCAAAGCGUGGGUGUCUCAACUCCCACUGACCCCGUCUGCUCCCCACACAGCCCCUUAACUUCCCCGGUGUACGCCAACACCGACUCCAUCAACAUCUUUAACUUCCGCGCCGUUCUCGCCGAGACCUCCGUGCCCGCCUCCAUCGACGAAGUCCUCCCACGCCCUUUCCAGUCUCCGUCUUUCCGUAACUACGCCUACAGAGCGCUGGGCCCGCUCGACGGCGUCUACCGCAACAUGCACCGUCAGCCCCCGCGUCAGAGUCACUCUGGAAGACUAGCUCGCUGCCCUCGACCUGACGCUCUGCCCCGGCACUUUUCGGGGCCGAGACGCGUGUACAGGCAGGCCUCGGAGAGCCGCUGCAGUUCUUCUGGCUUAGUGCAGCCCAUGUCUCCUCAGUACAGACGCUACUAUCGAGGCGAGCACCUAAUGGGCGCCAGUCAGCAACAACAAGGCCACUGGCAGAGGUCUGAAGACAGCGUCGCCCUGCACCCCGCCAUCAGGAGGGCUCGCUCCUUCCACGCCCCGCAGAUUAGUCGCUACGAGCUGGCCGCCGCCGACAUCCUGCCCCCUGACUUUUAUUCUGAGCAAGAAGCAGCUUAUCAGAGGCUAGUUCAGCCCCACUUUGAGGACGUUCACGUACAACAAAUGCUAUAUAACCCUUACCUGGACUUGAACACUAGCGACGGACCCCGAUAUCCUUUGGAUCCUUUCCCACGCAACAGUAUCCGCCACAGUCAGCCUUAUAGGACACGCUCCACCAAGCCUGAGUUCUAUUACUCCCCACGCCACUGCCACCCUCUGGGUAAGGAGCUGUUCAUGGACAGCAGGGACUCUGUGGUUUACCAAAAGCAGGAGAAUAAAAAACCUUGCCCAUCUCCUUAUGACAGUCCCGUCUCGCCAGCUGGCUCGACAGGAAGAGAGAUAAUGCACGUAAGGAGUAAGUCAGAUCCAGGAAACGGGAUGCUGUCCGCAGACAGAAGAGAAAGCCAAACCGUCGUCAAAGCCACGUCGCCCACGUCCCAGCAGCCGCGUCGCGUCCUCGUGAAAGAGAACGCCUCGCAGCACCAUCAGCAGGCGCCGCUUCGUAAGAUCCCCUCGCUGCCCGAGAGGGUCUUUGCCGAGCUGGGCCACAGAAGCCAAAUGGAUCCGUUAAAGAGAGCAAGCGCCGGCAUCCUCAGGAGGCCUGAGCGCUCGCAGAGCACCAGAGAGAAUCGCCAACAUCACCACCUCAUCGUCAAAUCGCCUGUGGACGCCCAACACGCCGGAUCCUUUUCCUCUCAGCCCAACAGAAGGACUCAGAGCACGAAAGUGCGGCCCACGCAGUCCGAGCACAUGUCGGGGGGCUUUUACGCCGCUCCCAGGCCUAAACCCACAAGAUCCGCUAAAGGGUACUCGCCAACCCCGGACACUACCACCUCCUCCUCCGCCGCCGCUCCCCACGGACACAGGCUGCUGUCCAAGGCUCAGGAAACUUUUUAUCAGUCGGCAGUCAGAACACACGCCGGCGUCCGUGAGUGACGCCCACUGCUUUUUAUGUCAAUGCACAGCGGGGCUAAAGGAGAAGAGCACUUUAUCAUCUGCCAGACCAGCCGACUGUGUUUUUAAGUCUUUUGUUGAGCCCGCUGGAGCUGCCCAAAGCUGCCACUAGGGGAGGGGGGGGGGCAUGAUGCUCGUGUCAUCUCCACCAAUGAUUUUAACUUAGAGCAGGGCUGCGGAACCUAUAGCCCAGAUACGACCAAAUACAAACAAGCAGUUCAUAACAGAUAAUAAUGAACAUUUGUUGCCUUUAAAAAGCCACUCUCAUUUCUCCCUAAUGACAAAAAUUGUCUCCUCCUAAUUUUGCCCAGGACUGCUGUAAAAAUAUGAUUAUUGUUUCCAUCUUCAAUGACUCAAACCUUCAAAAAACUAAGUCUGAAUUAUAAAUAUUUUUCAAGUAGUACAUAUCGCAUAUAGUCAUUUAAAAUCUCCCAUAUGUCCCCCACAUCGAUUGUCCUUUUACGUCUGCAUUAAAUAGACAUAUCAAAUAUGAAUUGUAUUUUGUUUAUAAUGGUUUUAUUAGAUAAAAAGCACAAGUAGGGAUGCAACUAUUAAUCAAAUAACUCAAGUUGAUUACAAAAAAAGGUCAAAGGAAAAUCUUUGCUUCAGUGCUUCACAGAGAUAAUUUUUCCACUAAUGUUUCUACAGUUGCAGGCACAACACAGAAAUAGAAAUAAGUUGGCGCAAUGCCAGCGAGCCAGAAGAAAAGAGCCCGUAAAAGACCAAGACUGUUCAAAGUUUGGCAUCAUUUCAAACUUAACACCGAAGUGCAGUGUGUACCACAACAACACGUCUAAAGCUAACGGAGUUCUCCCCGUGCCUGCGUGGGUUUUCUCCGCAUACUCCGGUUUCCUCCCACAUCCCAAAAACAUGCGUGGUAGGUUGAUUGAAGACUCUAAAUUGCCCGUAGGUGUGAAUGUGAGUGCAAAUGGUCGUUUGUUUAUAUGUGCCCUGCGAUUGGCUGGCAACCAGUUCAGGGUGUACCCCACCUCUCGCCCGAAGAUAGCUUGGAUAGGCUCCAGCACGCCCGCGACCCUUGUGAGGAGAAGCGCUACGGAAAAUGAAAGAAUGAAUGAAUUGUUAUCCAAUUAUCCAAUUCGAUUAAUCGACGGGAUAAUCAGUAGAAUACUCGUACAAAUAUUUGAUAGCUGCAACCCUACACACAACUUUUAUGUUAUAUAAACACCAUUAUCGAAUAUUAAUAGAGGCACAGUUAUCAUUUCAGUAGUGAUGCAGCCUUGCAGAAAACAGUCAAAGCUAUGACAUUUUGUUGUUUGCUUUGUAUGGGAAGGAGUAGUGGACAAUGUAACAAUAAAGCCGUCCCAAAUUGAAAUGUUAACAGAAUAUGAUUGCAUUACUUAUGUAACGAUAAAUGUGGAAUUCAAAAAACUAUUUUCUUUUUUUUUUUUUUGUUGCUUGGAAAAAUGUUUUGGAUUUUUUUGAUGAAUUAAUAAGUGUGGCCCUCUGAAACGUCACAAAACCAAAAUGGUCUCUGAUGGGACAAAGGUUCCCCAUCUCUGCUUCAGUCUUUCAGCUUAGAAGAAAACUGGCUGUCAUGUUUUAGUUGCAUAAAACCCAAGGGAAGACAAGGUAAACUUUGAUUAUCUCAAAAAUUACACUCAAGAAUGUGUAUUGAACAAUGUUUUUUUGUGUGUGUGUGUGUGUGUGUGUGCGCGGGUCUUGCUGUGUUUUUUAUAAUGACACGCAACUAACUAAAAAUGUGGCCAAUGUACUGUACCUGUAUCAUUGCAGUCAGCUCAGACUGGAAGCACUUUGUAGGGAAACACAUUGUCUUAACAAUGCAUUCGCGUGACGUCUACUUCAAACCUCUUGAUAGAAAUGUGAUAUAUUUUUCUGUGUGCAAACAAAAAUGCCUGCUCGCUCGGAAUCCUCGUAAAUGCAAACAUGAGCACUUUUUUCAAAAACGGGAAUCAACCUCAUCACAAUUGUUCACUUCUUUGAUGUUUUACGAGAUCAUUAAGCUAUCGUGUAUAUGCUCUCUACCUUCGAUUGACGCAGCUCGCCUUGUGAGAAAAGUCUAUUUUUGUCUAUUGCUGUUUGGUCCCAACAAUGGCGGAACAGUGACAUAUAUUAUUAUUCCAAAAAUGUUUUUCUCAUUUAAGUUAUGUAGAGGAGUUUAUUCUAAUAAGACAUUUCAUUUGAAUGCUUGUCUUAAAAGAGAGAAUAAAUAUAUCAUCAUGCAUUCCAAAUAAGGGACUUAUUUUAUUAGUUUAUGAUGUACUGAAUCACACUGUGUGGUGUUUCUAAUAUUUUGGCUAUCUUUUCCCUCACGUCUAGUCCUGUUCACGGUCAAUAGGUGGCGCUCUAGCACCUCACACAGGCCUUAGCCCCCAGAGUUUGAUUCGAUCUCCUUUCUGUGCACAGAGGGCCAUGAUGAGACAUUUCUUUUCAAUAGUUACUUAUGACACAUGCAAUGUGUGUAUAUAUGUAGUUACAUGUUAAUAACAUGAAAUGACAGCUGCUUGCAGCAUAUGUAACAUAUUGGUGCACUAGCACAUGGUGUCAGUGGUCAGAACCAUGAAGCGCAGUCAUUGUUUAUUCAUGUGCACAUUGGCAUUCAAAGUGCAUGCUUACUGUUCUCCUUCUUGUCUCAUAAGCAACACGUUCCAUUUUCAUGGCAGUGAAGGUUGAAGGCAAAUUAUUUAUGGCACACUGGAGCAAACCACACACACGCACACAAAGAAUGAGACGGCCUCGAGUUCAUCCAGCCAUCCAUUUUCUGAGCCCCUUAUCGUCACAAGGGUCGCGGGAGUGCUGGAGCCUAUCCCAGCUAUCGUCGGGCAGGAGGCGGGGUGCACCCUGAACUGGUUGCCAGCCAAUCGCAGGGCACAUGGAAACAAACAACCGUUGGCACUCACAUAGUUAAAUGUUCAAAAGCAAUCUCUUUCUAUAGGCUGCAUCGUGAUACAGCAGAGCUGCUUUCGGCACAUGAUUUUUUCCACAAAGAAUCAUUCACCUGUUUGACAGGGAGCUUGAGAUUUUGUAGUUGCAGUUCUCUCUCUCUCUCUCUCUCUCUCUCGCUCACUCUCUCUCUCUCUCUCUCUGUAAGGGGAGAAUUGGCUUGGAAAGCGAUAAAACAUUCCUAGAAACCUUGCUCAAACUUUGCAUGAGAAGGAUUUGGGAAAUAUUAAAAGUUGGACAUGUUACACUUGUACAUAUGACAGUACUUAAAAAGCGGGGAGGCAAUAUUAACUUUGUUUGUACAUAGUACCCCGGAAAAUCUAAUUAUAUAAUUUAGUAUGGUAUAUGUAGUUUCCCAUGAAUUUAAUCGGUUCAUUGCUAAAUAGUGCGUUAAUCAAAAUAUUUUGUUAUUCAACCCAAAAAUAUGUGGACUAGAAUUAACAUUUUCAAAUAUAUAUUCACACUAUAUUAUAUUGUUACAUAUAUUAAAAUACAUCUUCUAUUUAAUUAUUAAAAAUUGUAAAUAUACAUGAUUCUAUAGUACUUUAACAUAAAUAUAUAAUAGUAUUUUCGAUUUUGUUCACCAAGAACAAUUUAAUCAAAUUAACGUUAUUUUUAUUUUCAAUUACAAAUUCCAUUAUUGUACAAUUACAACGAAAAACAUGAAUGUCGACAAAAUAAUGCUAUUAAUUAAAUGUAUAAACAGGAUUUAAUCAAAGUAUAUAAAUAUAAUAAAACAUAGUAGAUAUGUUACUUUUUUGGGGAUAAAAGAUCAAAUCUGUUUACCACCGAUAACUGCUGUCAGUUGAUGGACCAAUUGCUGUCAGCUUUAAAUUGUCCAUAGGUGUGAAUUCAAUGUGCCCUUUGACCAAAGUCAACUAGCAUUAGCUCCAGCUCACCUGCCACCCAAUGAGGAUUUUGGUAUUUAGUGACUGUUUGUGCACAUUGCAAAGUUAGGUCCAUUUGCAUAAAAUGUGCUUACAAGACAUUGUGGUAAAAGAUGCCAGUUUAUUCCCAUAGAUAGCAUCCCAACGUGAGCGUAAAAAGAUUCGGAAAAUCUUUCAAGUAACGUGAGAUGAGUUUAAGUGUGGUCGUAGGUCGUGGGUCACUUUGACCCGUGUGAGAAAUGAUUGGGGAACACCUGCUGGUGUCCAGAUGUUGAGAUGGGGCAGGUGCAAGUUGGAGGGUGACGUCGCCUCGCCAGGGACAAACGCCAUAGCUGCCACGCCAAAUGCUUCUUUGUGUGCAAUUAUUGUUAAGAAACAUUUAGUGCCUUGUUCAUGAUGUUCAUUUUCAGAACUACAUACAAUUCCAAUGAAGUUGGGACAUUGUGUUAAACGUAAAUAAAAAACAGAAUACAAUGAUUUGCAAAUCAUGUUCAACCUAUAUUUAAUUGAAUACACUACAAAGACAAGAUAUUUAAUGUUCAAAAUGAUAAACUUGAUUGUUUUUGCAACACGUUCCAAAAAAGCUGGGACAGGUGGCAAAAAAGACUGAGAAAGUCUUGAGGAAUGCUCAUCAAACACCUGUUUGGAACAUCCCACAGGUGAACAGGCUAAUUGGGAACAGGUGGGUGCCAUGGUUGGGUAUAAAAGGAGCUUCCCUGAAUUGCUCAGUCAUUCACAAGCAAAGGUGGGGCGAGGUUCACCUCUUUGUGAACAAGUGCGUGAGAAAAUAGUCGAACAGUUUAAGGACAAUGUUCCUCAAUGUACAAAUGCAACAAAUUUAGGGAUUUCAUCAUCUACGGUCCAUAAUAUCAUCAAAAGGUUCAGAGAAUCUGGAGAAAUCACUGCAUGUAAGCGGCAAGGCCGAAAACCAACAUUGAAUGCCCGUGACCUUCGAUCCCUCAGGCGGCACUGCAUCAAAAACCGACGUCAAUGUGUAAAAGAUAUCACCACAUGGGCUCAGGAAGACACAGGAACAAAGCAAAAGCCAUUUAUCAACAACACCCAGAAACGCCGCCGGCUUCUCUGGGCUUGAGCUCAUCCAAGAUGGACUGAUGCAAAGUGGAAAAGUGUUCUGCGGUCCGACGAGUCCACGUUUCAAAUUGGUUUUGGAAAUUGUAGACGUCGUGCCCUCCGGGCCAAAGAGGAAACAAAACAUCUGGACUGUUAUGGACGCAAAGUUCAAAAGCCAGCAUCUGUGAUGGUAUGGAGCUGUGUUAGUGCCAAUGGCAUGGGUAACUUACACAUCUGUGAAGGCACCAUUAAUGGUGAAAGGUACAUACAGGUUUUGGAGAAACAUAUGCUGCCAUCCAAGCAACGUCUUUUUCAUGGACGCCCCUGCUUAUUUUCGCUAGACAAUGCCAAACCACAUUCUGCACGUGUUAUAACAGCAUGGCUUUGUAGUAAAAGAGUCCGGGUAGUAGACUGGCCUGCCUGCAGUCCAGACCCAUUGAAAAUGUGUGGCGCAUUAUGAAGCGUAAAAUACGACAACGGAGACCCCGGACUGUGGAACUGCUGAAGCUGUACAUCAAGCAACAAUGGGAAAGAAUUCCACCUACAAAGCUUCAACAAUUAGUGUCCUCAGUCCCCAAACGUUUAUUGAAUUUUGUUAAAAGAAAAGGUGAUGUAACACAGUGGUAAACAUGACCCUGUCCCAGCUUUUUUGGAACGUGUUGCAGCCAUAAAAUUCAAAGUUAAUGAUUAUUUGCUAAAAACAAUAAAUAAUAAUAUAUUGUCUUUGUAGUGUAUUCAAUUAAAUAUAGGUUGAACAUCAAAUACAAAUCAUUGUAUUCUGUUUUUUAUUUAUGUUUAAUACAACAUCCCAACUUCAUUGGAAUUGGGGUUGUAAAUAAAAAGAGAAUACAAUGAUUUGCAUAUCAUGUUCGACCUAUAUUUAAUUGAAUACACUACAAAGACAGGAUAUUUAAUGUUCAAAAUGUUUAACACCACAAAAACAUGUCUAAAGGUAACGGAGUUCUCCCCCCCGUCUGCGUGGGUACUCCGGUUUUGGUCCCACAUCCCAAAAACAUGCAUGGUAGGUUAAAUGAAGACUCUAAAUUGCCUGUACGUGUGAAUGUGCGCGCAAAUGGUUUUUUGUUUCUAUGUGCCCUGCGAUUAGCUGGCGACCAGUUCAGGGUGUACCCCGCCUCUCGCCCGAAGAUAGCUGAGAUAGGAGCCAGCACACCCGCGACCCUAGUGAUAAUAAGCAGUACAGAAAAUGGAUGGAUAUUUUAAUAAUAAAAUAAGAAACUAAGAAUAACUCCACCAGCAUAUAUAUAUAUAUAUAUAUAUAUAUAUAUAAAACAGUAUUAUUUUUUACUUUGGAUUUUCAUUUCAUGCCUCCUAGAAUAAAGUCCUGUCCUGAAAUGAAAAGUGAAAUAUUAAGAGUAACUAUACAAAUGUACAGAAAUGUGUGUAGAUAUACUUUAGAAUAUCAUGCCUUCAAGAAGCUACUAUUAUAACAAAGAAUAGGGGGUAAUGAACAGGAUGGCCCACUCAACACUGAUCAACACUUGGCUGAUUGUGUGUUCGCUUGUGUGGUCGCCUAGUUAACAACACAAUGGAUUUUUGAUUUAAGAAGCUUGUGAGAUUGAUCAAUGCAGCCUCUUUUAGGAAUAAAAAAAAGACUAAGAAUCAUAUUUUA